CUCCCUCCCUAUAAAGCCUGACGUGGUGGGGAGAUUGGCGGAGACUGAGGCUAGUUGAAGAGAGAGGCAAUCCCAGGAGGGGACGUAAAAGAGCCAGAAAGUUAAUGCGGGGGGCGGUAAGAGGUGCAUCGACUCAGCAAGCAGCAGGCGCCGCCUGCCGUCUGCACACUCGAAGGCGGUCGCGGUGGUCGCGGAAGGGACGUCGCCCAGACGCUGGCUUCCUAUGGAGGCGCCCGAACUGGUCCCAGGGCUGGUGGAGCGUCUGGAGCAGCUGGCGACGUGCCCGCUCUGCGGGGGCCCCUUCGAGGACCCAGUGCUCUUGGCGUGUGAACACAGCUUCUGCCGCGCGUGCCUGUCCAGCCGCUGGGGGACCCCGCCGGCGACCAGCUCCGAGGCGCCCCCCACCGCCUGCCCUUCCUGCGGCCUGCCGUGCCCCCGCCGCAGCCUGAGGUCUAACGUGCGGCUGGCGGUGGAAGUGCGCAUUAGCCGCGGACUUCGAGAAAAGCUGGCCGAGCCCGGGGCCCGAGCCGGGAGACGCCGAGGGGGCCGCAUCCCCACCAUGGGUUGUCUGGAUCCGCAAGGAGAGGAUAUAAGGAAGACAUGGAGAAGAUUUGAUGCCCCAACGCCCAAGUCAUCUAACUCAGAGGACGAGCUCCCUGAAGAUUACCCUGUGGUCAAGAACAUGCUUCACAUACUGACAGUCUCGCCUGACUCAGAGAAGCCCUGCUCACUCGGUCCUCUCCCUGCCUUUCCCUCUCCAGCCGACCUGACCUUGGACCCAGGCACUGCCCACCGGCGCCUGCUCAUCUCUGCAGACCGCCGCAGCGUCCGACUGGCCCCACCAGGGACACCUGCACCCCCUGACGGCCCCGCACGCUUCGAUCAGCUCCCAGCGGUGCUUGGAGCGCAGGGCUUCGGGGCCGGCCGCCACUGCUGGGAGGUGGAGACCGUGGAAGCCGCCUCCUUCGGAGACUCUUCUGGGGAGGAUGAAGACGACUGGGAGAGCCGCUAUGCAGUGGGCGCGGCCGGGGAGUCAGUGGGACGCAAGGGCCGCGUAGGGCUGUGCCCCUCGGGGGCCGUGUGGGCCGUGGAGGGUCGCGGCAGCCGCCUGUGGGCACUCACGGCACCGGAGCCCACCCUGCUGGUUGGUGCCGGGCCCCCGCCACAGCGCAUUCGUGUGGACUUGGACUGGGAGAGGGGCCGCGUGGCCUUCUACGACGGCCGCUCGCUUGACCUGCUCUUCGCCUUCCAGGCUCCAGGCCCCCUGGGGGAGCGCAUCUUCCCGCUCCUCUGCACCCGCGACCCCCGCGCCCUGCUACGCAUCGUGCCCGCAGAAGGCUGAGUCUCAAGCACAACUCCCACUCUAGUUUCGCCGGAUGCGAGGCUGCUUCCUCUUGGGCGCGGAAAUCCCCGCUCAUUCUCGGGGUCUUGUCCACAUGCCCAUUGCCAGAGUAGAGAGAAGCACCCCACCCACAUACAUUGUCUCUUUUCUCUCAAAUAGUAAGAUGGUCAACUGGCCUCCAAUUUCCACUUCCACACGCAAAGCCAAAUCCAUUCCUACCCCCUCCCUCUUGGGAUAUUUCUCCCCACAGCUACCGCAGCACCUCCCAAACGAAAUCUCCCUUUCUACCUUAUGCUAUAACAGGCCUGAAUUGGAGAAUAGGCCCCGCUGGUCAAAUAUUUACUUCCCACUCCUGCUUCUGCACAGCUCUAAGGCUUGGGAUGCUCUGUCCUGUCCACUCUGAGGUUUCCCCUCAAGUGAAACAAGAACCUCCCCUGAAGAAACAAAGAGGCUUGACUCUGCCCAGGCCCUAGGCCAUUUAGGAAGUUUAACAUCCUUUCUGGGAGUGGGGCAGGCCAGUUCUACUCUGUGGUGCCUACUUUCUAUGCCCAGAGCCUUUGCCCAUUAAGAACCUUCUUAAAACUUCCCUCUGCACAUACAGUAAAGAACCAGUAAUGCUACCUCUCCUUUCCUCAGCCUGAGAAUGGCCCAGACACCCCAAAUUUAUCCUUGUAUAUAGCCUCACAUUUUCCCCCUAUGUAUAAAUGGGCCCAUAUUUAACACGGUUUGUGAUGUUGGGUUAUUUAUUUUGUGCAUCUGUGGAAUAAAUGAGAUCUCAGUGGUGGUA